AAAACCUGCUGCGUGUGCAUAUUAGACAAACCAAAGCUUCGGUGUGGAAGAGACAGCUGUUUUUACCUUCAGCUCUAGGAAUCAGCCCGAUACAUCUGUAAGGGAAUGCUAGAUUCUGUUGCACAUGGCGCCAUUACGCCGAUGGAUUCAGAACCUCACUUUUGGGCGGAUUAUUUCUGCCAUGAUCUGUAUCCAGUGCCAAAACAGCAGUCACCAGGGAUCUCUUGGACCUCUUUGCUCCCAGAGCACUGGUCUAAGCACAAUGUCUGCGAGUGGCUGCAGUAUUGCUGUGACAGCUACAAACUUGAUGCCGACUGUAUCCCCUUCAGCCACUUUAAUGUGUCUGGUCUGCAGCUUUGUAAAAUGACCAGCGACGACUUCACUGAGGCAGCAGGAACGUGUGGGUACUAUCUCUACAGUCUUCUACAAGAUAUCCGCACACAAGGGUUCCCAUGCUAUACCAACACAGAAAACAGAAGUCCGCCAAUAUCAAACAAAGAAGAAAGAGUAGAAGUGAAAACAGAAGUUGUGAAAAGGAACAAACCUUCCACAAUCAACAGACCUGCUGUACACAGUUCUCACUUGUGGGAAUUCGUGAGGGACCUUUUACUCUCCCCCGAUGCCAAUGAUGGGAUCCUGGAAUGGGAUGAUAAAGAACAUGGGGUAUUCCGAGUGGUGAAGUCUGAAGCCCUGGCACAGAUGUGGGGCAGGAAAAAAAAGAACGAAAGGAUGAACUAUGAAAAACUCAGCCGAGCCCUGAGACACUAUUAUAAAACUGGGAUCCUGGAACGUGUAGACAGGAGGCUAGUGUACAAAUUUGGGAAGAAUGCCCAUGGUUGGAAGUGACCAUGCCCUAGAAGUUUGUUAAGUGCUAUAUGCCAGGGAGAACUAUCAGUGAUGGGCGAAUUUAUUUGCCAGACGCGAAUUCGCAGCGAAUUUGCAAAUAAAUUCACAAAACCGCAGCGAA